GGAAGUAUGAACGCAAAGUUUCCGCUACAGCCAACUGUGCUAGUACAAAGGCAAAAACUUUGUCUUGGAAAAAAAAAUCACAGUUCAUCUGCACAUACAGUCUGCAUGGAAUAUAACAUCAGUUAACUGUGGAAUAAUGGCAAAUAAUGACACACACCCGUUUUUGGAAAUACUGUUAGGAAAGUCUUUUAAUUUUGGUGAUUUAAUUCUAGCCUUUUGUUUAUCUAUGCUGGUUGGACUGCUGCUUGGUGCUUUAAUCUAUAUUUUGCUGACUUGGGCAUCCAGGCGCACCGCCACAGCCAAGAUUACCAGGCGCUCCCGAAAAAAAGCUGCCACUUCACACACACAUAACCCCAACCAGCUGGGCCUUUAUCGAAGUACUUUCCUGAGCGUAUACAGGCAGCCAUCUCUGGAGCCGGUGGGUCCACUGGGGAUCAAACCCAGUACUGAGGUCUCCACCUUUCGCCCACUACCCAAGAAAAGCAGGGCUGGCUUGGAGAUCAGAGAUGAAACACAAGUCACCAUGCAGGAAGACACGGCAGCUUCAGUCUCAUCAGAGUCAUCAUCCCUGGUGCCCAACAAGAGGCAUUCCUUUUGGUUGGGAAGCAGUGCUCUAAAGGGAUUUUUACCCUCACAGACUCCCCCUCCUGCAUAUGACAGUGUCAUCCACGCUUUUCAAGAGACUUGCACCUGAACCCAAGGAAGAAAAAGCCGACCAUGCAUGUUAGCCUGUUCCGCUCUUUAUAGGAAGCAACUGUCUCUAGAAAAUGGAAGAUCCGACCAUUUCUAAGAGUCUGUGGAACUUUUCAGUCUUGCAUAGUGUGUCCAAAACUGCUGCUGCUGCUGAAGGACAAGAUAGAGACAUGUAGUGUCACCACCAAAAACGUAGCUGGGGGGUGGCAUAAGCCACUGAAAAAAAAAAAAAAAAUACUACACACAUAGCAACAGCAGAAAUGAAGCUUUUUGAAACUUCUCUUUUAAACUUUUGCUUGCAAAAAAAUGCAGGAUAUUCUGAUGAAAAAU